AUGAUUGAAUUUCAAUCCGAGGAAGCAUGUUUCACCUUCCCAAGCAAGGAGCUCGCUCGAGGCAACCGAAAACGAACGAAACGAAGCUCACAAAAUCAGAUCUCAACAAAGCAAGCAACCACAACAGCCACAAGAAUGAAUCCCAUGCUUUCUUUCAACCCCCAUGUAUACCAAGAAAACAAUUACAUGAACUGUGAAACCACUUCUCUAUCCACAUGUACACCAAGCAUUAGAAUUGUCAAGGAAGACCCAGAGACAAGCAUCAGAACAUCACUCACCACCACACCAUCAAUGACAACCGUGACCACGACAGCAACGCGAGGACAACCCAGAACGGUCGUCUGCGAGCGAUUUGGACUCGAGUUGACAAGCCCUCGACAGGACUGCGGCUACGUGACAAUAUCAAAAAUCAUGGAAGGAUCUCCAUUAGCAAAAAACACAAACAUCCAAGUGGGAAUGGCCAUCAUCUUUGUUCACGGAAAGAGCUGUCGGUGGAAGAGUGCCGCGCGAGUCGCAGAAAUGCUGGACACAGUCAUUGGCCGGGCACCCAUUGUCACGAGUUUUCUGGAUGGCAACCUGGUGCACACCAUGUUGGAUGAUACCGUUCGAUCCGGAUACAACUCCCGCAGGGUACGUCAUUUGCCGCGUCGUCUCUGGCGCCGAACCUCGUCCAUUCGAGGAAGGGCCGUUCGUUCUUCCACUAAACAACAACAAAUGAGCAACUAGCUAGCUAGCUAGCGAAGAGUUAUAGAAACUGAACUUUCUGUUACAUGGAUAGGACCGGUAUGGAUAGUCUCGUAGAUAAGACAGAGGGACGGACGGCAAAGUUUGCCGACUGCGUGCCAGCAAGGG